AUGUGUCUGAGAGACGUGGAAAUCGAAGCGCUUAGGCUUCACACAUCCCUCCGUCUCCCUUGCUCCCUUCGGAGCUCUUUAGCCUUACCAUUUCCGGGCGUGCUCGAGGUCUCCCACCAUCUAAAGAAGACCGGAAGCAAGGUGGUGCUUGUCCCCCGCCUCAAGUGGAAUCGAGGCGGCCCUUAUGUCCUUGAGUGUUUGCGGACCGAGGAGAGAGCAGAAUGCGGUUCAGGGCGAGGGUGGCGCCGUCAGAUCCAGGCCGCUACUUCUCAAAACCUGCCUGUCAUGGUCACCAGGGACUCAGUGUCACCAACGAAGCUGCAGAACCUCGGCUUCCUUACUCGAGCACCUAAGGGUGAAGGGAGGGCAGGGCCAGAAGCGCUGUGUAUCCCAGAAGUCAGAGAAAACAGAAGAAAUUUAUCAAGAUUACUAUCCAGAAUUAAUAAAGCCUUUGUGACCUGGAAAUUGAAUGUUAAAAGAAUUAAGACAGAGAAGAGCAGGUCAUUUUUACAUAGUCAUCUCUUUUGGGCUGAUGAGUUACUUCAAUCCUGUUUGCUUUAUAUAAGAGGACUCUGUGAAGAUGCCAUUAAUAUCAACAGUGAUAAUGAACAUGUGAAUAAUCCAUCUGCUAUAUGUCUUGUGAAGGUUGCAGAAAAGAAAGACAGUAAAGAAUAUUUUGAGUCAAAGCUGCCUGAAGAUGACACAAUGCAUUUCAAGCUGCCUAAAUAUCGGUGUUUUUUAGAAAUAAUUGCCAGGUUUCUCAUGCUAGUUGACUACAUGUUUCAAGAACUCAUCCGUCAGCUAAUGAACACUGCAGUCACACUACUUUUGGAGUUACUCAGUGGUUCUGCAAGCAUGCCAUUUUCAAUGGAAAAGAAGAAUGAAAAUUUUAUCAGAACAUUCAAGGAUGACUUUUUUCCCAAUGAAAAUAUGAUAAAUGAUUGUGAAGAACUCAUUAAUAACUCAAGCACGCAUGCUGUUUCUGUUCAAAAGUCAGAAGUAAAAAUGCACACUGAUAUUAAUGAGAUUUUAAAUAAAAUUAAAUUGGGGAAGAAUUUGAGAAAAUCAUAUGCACCGAUAUUUGAAGUAAAUCUACGCUUGCAAAUUCCCGCUGAGAGUGAUUCCUCAGAAAAUUCUGAAGAGAGUUUUUAUGAGCCUGAGCAGGACCCUAAAAAAUGUAUGACAUAUGAAGAUGAGAUGUCAAAAAGCAGUCAAGAAAAAAGUUGCUUAAGUGAACAACUGUUCCCUAAUCCCAAGAAACCAAAAAAUUUUACUUUCAACCUUGAAGAUAUCCUUUCAGACACAGAAAUCACAUCUGAGUUUGAGGAUAUAAACAUGUACGAUAAAUAUUCAGAAUUCCCUACAAAUCUUAUAGAUCCAAACAAAUUGGAGUUUUCAAUAAAAAUUCAAAAUAUGGUGGAAAAUAUUGAAAAACAUAUAACUGCAAUUACUCCUCUUUGCCAAGAUCCCCGUCUGUCCAUCUUUACUGGUUUGGGUACAAUUAUAGAUUUAUCUAAUAAUAUAGGAAGUAUAAUAAAAUAUAAGAAGCAGACCAGAUGGCCAGAUCGUCAGAUCCUUUUUGAAAUGGACCCUGCCUACCAAAAUAAAAUUGUGAGCUUCCUGACUAUUAUUGGUAAUUCGAUGAGCCUUGUUAAUAUUUACAGCUACAAGUUUCUAAAGUAUUGUACUAUGGUGGAGAAGGCCAAAGCCCUAAGCAUGAAUAUAUCAUCUAUGGGAGAAUUAACUUCAGCACAGUUUAAUACUAUACUGCAUAAAUUCAAAAACUACUUUGGACAUAUUGUGACUAUGGCUAUUGAGAAACGCAUUGGCAUUUUCAGUGUUUUAAGUUUUGAUUAUCAGUCAGAAUGCUUACUGUAUAUCGAUAACAUCAUACAUAUGAGCCAGGACCUCUUGCUGCAUAUAACUGAGGGAAAAAAUACAAGCCUACUGGAAAUUGUAGAAUCAUCAUUGCGACAACUGGAAUGUGAUCCCACUAAAAUGGAAGAAUUUGUAGAACAUUUUACUUUUUUGGAUGAAAUCUCCUCAGAAAUAUCCGAAUUAGAGAAAGAGUAUCUGACAGUUUCUCAGCUGUAUUCUGUUGUAAGACAUUACCAGAUCAACGUUUCAGAAGAGCAAAUUGCCAUAUACACAAUCCUUUGCAUCAAGUUUAAUCAACUAAAAACAGUUAUAAAGUUCAGCAAACUAAAUAAAGAUGCCACUAUAACUAAAUUUAGGGAUAAUUUGGAAGAAUGUAUCACUGAUCUCCGAGUGGAUGUUAGUAAUUUAAAAGCCAAAAUAAGAACUCCUGUUCUGCUGUGUACCAACACCAUUGUGCCAACAGCAAAGGAGAUGAUCCAGACUCUCUCUGAGGAGGCUGCCAGCCUGGCUCACAAAGCUAGAAUGUAUGCAAACUACCAGGAUCAUUUCAGUGACGCCCAGGCUCAUAUGCGUUCUCUCAAUGUGGAAGAAAUCACACAGAUUAUGCUCUCAGAGAUCUCUGACAUUGACUGUGAGUUAACUUUGAGGAAAAUACUGUGGGAAGCACAGGAGGAAUGGGGCACGCUCUUCCGGGAGUGGAGGAACUGUUCUCUUCAGAGUAUUGACGUAGACUUAGUGCAAAGAAAUGUUUCCAAAUGGCUGCAUACAAUCUUUGUACUAGAAAAAGAUGUUUCAAUAUGAACAUGAAAUAAAUGAAGUAUCCACCUCAGCCAAUAAUGAAGCUGCUCUUGAAAAAAUGCUGUCUAAGAUUAU